CACUAGCUAUACCGCAGUGAAGCUGGUUGGUGCCGUUGUGGAUCCUGUAUUAUACGUAGGCAGUGAGUAGCCCGCAGCGUGUGUCUGUGUGCAGCUGAGACCUACGGUGGCUGAGCUGCCGUGAGAUGUUUAAAAAGAAAUCCAAGAAACCGACACGCACGCAGAGCUUGCUUAAACACGACCACGCCCCCGGCCUCCCCCCUCGUCCUCCAGGUGGACUACCCCCCUCGGUCCUCAGUCUCGUUUGACUCUCGUUCCUCGUUCACCUCCUCCACACUCCCACACUCCACCUCCCUACCCCACGACCCCGGAGUAUUCAUGGACCCCGAACUCCCUCCACCGGUCCCCAACACACCUCGCCCAAAACUCAUACGCCCACCUAUCCCCCUUCCCGACGAUGCACCUCCCCCUCUACCUCCUCCCCUCACUUCCCCCACUCACCGCUCCACCCCUCGGCAAAGUUCGAACCCCUCAACCCCCGCCCCUUCCUCCGCCCCCUCGUCAGACUCUCGUUACGUCAAACGCUCCAAGAAGUCUCCGGUGAGUACGCCCAGUAUCCCAACCAACGCUGUGUUGUCAGAGGAACAGCUAAGGAAACAGAUUGAGAUGCAGACACAGAACACAGAGGAGCUGAGGACGUUACUGGUUGGUAAGGAGGAAGAGGCGAUGACGCCGUCUUUCCUCGUGAGCCGCUACGGCAAGUACUUUCCGUUCAAGGCGAGCGUGAUGAAAGGAUUCUACAACAACCGGGCGGAGAUUGUGGCCGGGGAGAUUUACAACAUCCACUUCCUGAAGAACGCCAAAGUCAUUGCCAUCUUUGACUCCUCUGGGGAAAAGUACAUUCUCCCUCUCAACGCCGCAAUGAGGAUAGGAUUCGAACAGCCAAAUCAACCUCCCACGUACUACAACAUCCUGGACAUCAUCAACAGCAGCAACCCCCCCAAAUUGAUCAGCCCCUGCGAUCCUUACCACGGGAGUGAGGGGAAUUCCCUCCAGGCAGACGAGGUUCUACAGGUGAAAGGUGUACAUGUGGCACGUGUGCGGAGAACUAAAUCCCUCAUUUGUGUCAACGUAAAGACGUCGCAGGAGAAGAAGAUACCCAGUGACUGCCCCGUGGCCUUCUCUACCGAACCCACUUACAAUCAGCUAACUCUGAGUGACCUUGUGAACAAGAUGCCGGAACUCAUCCCAGGCAAUGCCAGACUCUAUCCCACUGUGGAUGUAGAGGACAUGGGGUUCCCAGGUCACCUUGUGUCAGAGACUGUUAGGGUAAAGAGACACUACCAGGAGAGAUCUCUCAUCACCACCCUGGAGGAGCAGGAGCCGCGACCUCAGGACAGAUUCUCUCUCUCCAUUGAGCCCGAGAUACCGGCAAAGACCAUCUACGACAUCCCGCUGUCUCUGGACAUAGAGUUCUCUGUCAUUCCUCCUGAACCAGAGGAAGACAUUUAUGCCUACACCCACCAGCUGAGUCAGCAGUUUGACCCCAGGAAGGUACAGUCAGGAGACGGUAUGGGACUAAACAUGGCCAUUGAUGAAGACAACAUCUACAGUGGAGUGGAGCUGGAACUACCUCCAUACAUCAACUAUGACCCCGGGAACCCUAACGCUGCUCCCCGCAGUAUUGCUGCUUCAGGUCCUCCUCCUCUUCCUGCCAGAAAAACCUCCACACAGACAGAUGAUUCUGACGGAGAAGAAUACACGGAGAUUGACAGCAGCACAUUCGCUACUCCUCCUGUCUCCCUCCCUCCCCCCUUACCUUCCUCCCUCCCCCCACCUCCCGUCCUACCUCUGCGACAGCUAAACCCUCUCCCCUCACUCGCUCCUCCCCACCCAGCGCCUCUCCCAGAACAGGCAGGAAAUCAUCCUCACCCACCAGCCGCACACCCACCCCCAAUGGACCCAGAGCUGUUCCUAAGCUAACAAAAGACCCAAGUGUUGAUGACUAUGAGGACAUGUCAGACGAGAAGAAAAUAGUCCCCAGAGGAGACCAGAACACUUUCCCCCCUCACCCUCCCUCACACCCUCCCCCAGACACCCAUACACCCCUUCCUCCCUCAUACCCUCCCCCACUCGGUGCUCCGCCUGCCACUCUGGGUGUGGAGGGGAGAGGAAGGGAGCCAUCCCCAUCCUCCAGCACUGGCUCGGCCUACGAGGACACUGCUGACCUGGCAACUGAGGCUAGACCUAGACUUCCCUCCCCUGUCACUGUCAGUGAGACUUCUGAGGAUGAACAAGAGAUAUGCAACAGUUCUCAGAUUUGCACAGAGUCAUUCAGAGUGCUAGGAAUGUUGCAAAGACACGACGGCAACAGUCGGCCAGUCCCUUCCAUUCCUCUACCACCACUGAGCUGAAGAGACUGAAAGAUGAUCUGAAGAGAGUGGCUCCACUGCCCCAGAAGAUCAUCAACCACCUCAUGGUUGUGGAGAGGGAGGUGGCCACUCUGAGUGAGGUGGUGAGAGACGAACUCUUCAAGACCUCGUCCUCAGAGGUUCUGCAGCAAAACAGACAGUUCCUGGCCACCCUCACUGUGGCUCAGGUGAUCAAGAUGCUGGAGAUGUUGAACAUGAGGCAGUAUCAGGACAAGUUUGCAGAGGAUGGGAUAGACGGAGAUGUUCUCUGCGACAUCGAGGAGUCAGUUCUCGAGAGUAACCUCGGAGUCUCUCGCAAGCUGGACCGCAUCAAAUUAAUGAAGAUAAUUAGAGGGGAGCGCUCGGCCAAGAGUGUGCUCGAGGGACAGUACAAUUACGUAUCUCUGCAGCCCAUGUCUUAGACACUGUGUCGCAUGAAAAUGACAUACUUUAAAGUAGUUUGUGAUUUUAAUGUGCUAUACCGUUGUUGGCAAAAAAUAAGAUCAUCUGUUUGAUUUACUAACUCUGUAAAAUGGUUUAGUGACUUGCCUUUCAUGAUCUCAUGCUUGAUCUAUGAAAUCUUAAUGGAGUUUUGGAUCGUUUGUGUGCAAUUCUGCCUGACAUACAGAAUCUUCACUGAGUCCAUAGCUCAGUGACGGAAUGUGGUAUAUACAUGGUCAUAAAUAUAUAUUUUUUGACGUUUUUGACGCAUGUCUAUGUACUGCUUUGCUUUUCAUCAAGACAAUGCAUGACACAACAUAAUUAUUGUUUUCAAUGGCAUCUACAACAAAAAUUAAUCAAACAAUCACCACC